CUGUUCGUCGUCAUCAACUCAUCAUACACACACUAGACCACAGGUAAAACGAAGAAGAGUCGCCGUGAUCGUGCGUACGUGCAGGCGCAGCUUAGCUCCACCUUUGCAUCCGGGAGGAGUGACAAGGGGGGAACAUACAUAUAUGGCGGCGGCCAUGGAGCAGAGCCAGGACGGCGGCGGCGUCAAGGUCAAGUUCAUCGAGACGCAGUUCGUCAGCUCCGACGCCGCCAACUUCAAGUCCGUCGUGCAGCGGCUCACCGGCAAGUACUCCAAGAUGCCGCCGCCGCCAUCCGUGCACAGGCCUCGCCCAAGGCCCUGCAACAGAGCCGACAAGCAAAGGCGCCCAUGCGUCUCCGGCAGCGACCAGCUGACGGCUGCCGCGCCGGCCAAGCCAACGGGGGUGGCCUUCGAGCCGAUGCGCGUGGAAGAGCUGAACGGGCUCUGCGACUUUGCCGACCUGCUCUACGCCACCCCGAGCGCGCGGCGCCACGGCGGGAGCGUCGUAAAUGGCUUUCCUUACUGAUGCAUGCAUGGCCCGAAGAAGAAUCGUGUUGCCCUUCUCCCUUUUGUGGGAGGAUCACGCGCGUAUUUGCUUGAGGGUUGCCAUUGCCAUGGCAGUACUGGCCCAAGAAAUCCCUUUUUCCCAAAUGCUCACUGGGAGCGCCAGAUGUGACCUUCCUCAAGCACAAGUGGAAGUAAGAGCAAAAUAGGAAACUGUAUGGAUAUUUGUGUUCAGCGAAGAAAUAGAUAUGUAUGCGCGCGCUGGCAAACAAGCUAGGUGUCGUCUUCGUGUCGACGGGUUACAUACAUGGGCAAUUGUAAAUGUUCAAUUGGGUCAUCUGUAGUAGAAUUAGAAUCGCUCAUGAUGUUUUCAGCCUUUUGCAGAACUGUGUACCAGGAUUAGGAUUAGAAUCUUUUUGGAAUAAAAAAGAAUUAUAAUCUUCGGUGAA